CGACUGGCUUGCCAAUUGCCCAUUGCCAACAAACCCCAGCAUUUGUCGAGUCAACAACUUUUUUUUUGGUCCUGCCGACCUCGACAGCCAAUCCUCGCCCGGAAUCUCUCAUGUAAGGCACUCCUCGGUACUAGGUAGACUACAACUUCAUCCAUCCACCACCACUCUAACUCCUGUAUCUUCCAAUGCCUUCCAUUCCGUCGAUCAAUGAACAAUGUCUGUAUUGUAGUCUGUAUUACCUCCCGGUAAUCUACUCUUCAUUAACGGACGGUCUGUGUGUUGCGGUGUUGCGGGACAAAUUCCCCGACAGUCCGGAGUUACAGAUCGCGCCCACUUCCAUUUCUGAACCAUCUUUCCUACUCAGUCUGAACGCGACCAAGAAACCGACCGGACCAUGGCAUUAUAUAUCAUUCUUUCCCUCGAAUCCAGCUGACUUCCUUUUUUUCUUGUUCGUGCACGGAGGUUUUUUUUUUUUUUUUUGGAAUUGUUAUAGUUCGGACUGAGGAAUUACUCCGACCCUCGGAGCAGGUACAGUACAGUCAGUACUGAGUAGGUAGGGGUAGGAGUUCGG